ACUUCGUUUAUGACGAAAGCUUUCACAGUGAAGAGCUUGGCCGCAUAAAAUGAUGGUGCUCGUAAGCUCAGGCUCAGGGCUCAGAAAGCAGGUGGUUCCUAUUGAUUAUGAAUCAGAGGUUUCGCAAAGGCUCGUCGACGCUGCUCAUGACGGCGAUACCGACGCUGCUUUAGAAUGUAUUGCCGAUCCUUUUGUCGACGUCAACUUCGUCGGAACGGUGAACCUCAGGUCCAGAACGACGGAGAUUGUGUUGCACGACGAGUCGUCUCAUGAAGUCCGAUUCGGAUACGAGGAGUUCAAAACGGAGGUCACUGCACUGUUUCUUGCUGCUCAUGCAGGGAAUUUGAUCCUGCUCAGAAAGCUCGUGAAUGUUGGAGGUAAUGUGAAUCAGAGAUUGUUCCGGGGCUAUGCCACAACGGCAGCAGUGAGGGAAGGCCACCUACAAGUUCUGGAGAUGCUCAUCAAUGCCGGAGCGGCUCAGCCGGCAUGUGAAGAGGCUCUGAUGGAAGCAAGCCUCGUGGAUCGGCCUACAUUUGCUGAGCUGCUCUUGGAUUCCAACAUGAUACGUCCUCAAGUUUCUGUUCAUGCUCUUGUCUCUGCCUCUUGCCGAGGAUUCACAAAUGUUGUCCAUGUACUCCUCAAGCAUGGGGUGGAUGCCAAUGCCAUUGAUAGGACGUUGCUUCAAUCUUCAAAGCCAUUUCUCCACGCUAAUGUUAAUUGCAAUGCAUUGUUCGCAGCUGUUGUUAGCAGGCAGAUCGAUGUUGUGAGAUUGCUCUUGCAGGUUGGAGUAAGGACUGAUAUUAAGGCCAAACUAGGGGCUUGGACAUGGGAAACUGAUAGUGGAGAAGAACUUCGUGUGGGUGUGGGAUUAGCUGAGGCAUACCCAAUCACCUGGUGUGCUGUGGAGUAUUUUGAAGCUAGUGGAGCUAUAUUGAGUAUGUUGCUAUUUCACCUCUCGCCCAACAGUUUUCACUUUGGAAGGACUCUUCUGCACCAUGCGAUUCUUUGUGAUAACAAAAAAGCUAUGAUUGUGAUCCUAAAUUACGGUGCAAAUACAGAAUUGGCCAUGCAAAUGACUAAGGAAACAAAUUUAUGCCCCAUUCACAUGGCUACAAGGCUUGGAUUACGCGACAUUCUUCAAUGCCUACUUGAUGCUGGUUGUAACUUGGACUCCCAAACAAAAUCUGGGGAUACUGCAUUAAUGAUCUCCACAAGGCAUAAGCAUGAAGAUUGCCUUAAAGUGUUGGUCUCAGCAGGAGCUGAUAUGGGAAUGGUAAAUUCAUCUGGUCAAUCUGCGAUGUCGUUUGCAAAGUCUGUUAAGUGGACAAACGUCUUCCAGAAAGUAAUCUUGGACUUGAUUCGAAGCGGAAAGGUUGUCAAAUCGAGCAAUGCCUCCACAUUUUCUUCUUUGAUUUUUGCAACUCGUGCUAAUGACACACAGGCUUUGAAGGAACUCAUUGAACGUAGAAACAUAAAUUUAGAUGAACAAGAUGAAAAUGGAUUCUCAGCCACCAUGAUAGCUGUAAUAGAAGGUAAAGCAGAGGCUUUCAGGUUGCUUCUUAAAGCUGGAGCUGAUGUUCUAAAGCUAAGAAACAAGCACGGUUUGACAGCUCUUGACCUUAUAAACAUGAACAAAUCUGGAAAAGCUUUUGAGAAAAUAAUGCUUGAAUUUGCACUUGAAAACGAAUCUAAUUGCUCCAAUCUUGCGUUAAAUCCUCUGCAUCAUGCUGCUCGCCAUGGGGACACAGAUCUGGUUCAUAAAUUAAUCAAAAGAAGAUUCGAUAUAAAUGCUUUCGACCACAACGGAUAUACACCAUUAAUGUUAGCAGCAAAAGAGAGCCAAAGUAAAAUGUGCGAGUUACUAAUCUCAUGUGGUGCCAAAUGUGAUAUUCACAACAAGAGACAUGAGACAGCUCUUUCACUUGCUAGAAAAAAUGGAGCAGGAAAUGAUGCAGAGCGCGUAAUAUUCGACGAGCUAGCUCGAAGACUGGUUCUAGCCGAGGCUCGAGUAAAGAAGCACACAAGGUGUGGGAAAGGGUCACCGCAUAGUAAAGAACUGAGAAUGGUGGAUGGUGUUGGAAUUCUACGAUGGGGAAAAUCAAAUAGAAGAAAUGUGGUUUGUAAAGCAGCUGAGAUUGGUCCUAGUGACAAAUUCAGAUGGAAUCGUAGAAGGAAGUAUGAUGUUGAUGAGCCAGGAUUGUUCCAUGUGGUCACUACAAAAAAGAAAGAGGUUCAUUUUGUAUGUGUGGGUGGUGCUGAAAUGGCUCAGAUGUGGGUGAGGGGUAUUAAAUUGGUCACCAAAGAAGCCAUCUUUGGCAGAAACAACUGAGAUCAUGCUUGAAGCAACCGUGGUUAAAAAUCAGAAGUAAUACAUGUAUAAAACCUAGCUUCUAGAAACAUUGUUUAUAUGUAAGCAGUGUGGAGUUGAAGUUAGACUAUGACAAACACCAAUACUUUUUUAGUGGUGAACUAAGCAAUUGUGUCUAACUACAAUUGCACAGUUAAGCUCCUUCGUAUCUUUGUUUGAAAUCAUGAAAUGUGAAAAUAUAUAUAUAUAUAUAUAGUUAUACGAUAUCUGGUAUUAUUGG